AGUACAUAAUUACUGUUACUUAAUUUAUACAAUUUUAAUAUUAUUAUAUAUAUUUUUUGUUAAAACACACAUUAAAAUAUUUACAUAAUCUCAAAGAUUUAUUUGGUAAACCGACCUGAAAUUUUAAUAUUUUUAAUUAAAACACACAUUAAACUGUUUUAACACAUGGAUGUCAUGUAAUAUAUUCUUAAAAAAAAUGUAUUACAUGCCAUUCAUGUGUUGAGACAGUGUAAUAUGUGUGUUUUAACUCAUUUUUAAUUAUUAUAAUUAAAACAAUUCUCAAUUGUUUUAAUUAUAUUAUAUUAUGUAUCAUAAAUUAUUUGAGUAAUAUUGUAUAAAGUAAGUAAUUGUAAUUAGGUAAUAUUGUAUGCAGAAAUUAAGUAAAGGUUACUAAAAGAAAUGAUUGAUUCAGCAAAAAUAAAUAAAAUAAAGUUUACUAAAAGAAAGGAUUGACUGAAGUUCAGUUCACUUAUUUAAUCUAUGUAACAUUUAAGUCUUGAAACUGAGUUGAAGUUACUUAAAUUUACAUGAAAUUAAAAAGUGCAGAAAGUUGCUAAACUUUUUAAAAAUAAAUUUUACACAUCAUUUUUUUCAAUGUAGAUAGAUUAGCAUGAAUUAAAGGCAAUCUACCUGUUGCAUUAAAGUUACCUGAUUAACUGCAUGCAUUGACGCUUUAAUGUUGACUAUUAGCACUAAUUCAAACACAGAUUCAGAAGAAACAAACUUUUGAAUGUAAGCGUGAGAGAAUAAGGUGGAUAGAAAGAAAAGGAAUGGAACCAUGGUGGCCAUAUUGUCUACAGUCAUUGGUAAAUACUAUGAAAAACUGUGUUAUAUAGUUAUAUAGUGCUAAAAAUAGGGUUUUAGUGUUUUGUGUGGUAUAAGAAUGAAAAAAAAACCCUUUUUUAAAGUACCACAUACAGCAGGCUUUUCAUCACUGAGAAGAACCACUCAAGCAGGCUGUAGAUGGCUGUUCAUUUCCACAGCUCUAAAUAUAGCCGCUGCUUUGCUGAAGAACCCUUGAAGAACUAUUGUUAAGGACGCAUUAUAUGAUAUAGAGAACUCUUUCAGGCUCCUUGAUUUAUUUGCAGAGCUCUGCUGCAUGCUGCUACAGUGCGGUGCUGUAGAACCCGAGGCUCGGGCGAGUGAUGGACGUGCGUGGUCGCGGCUGAUGAUGUGGAACAUUAAACAGUGGUGUAGGACCUGCUCGUCUGCAGAUGCAGUCGGGGCUGGAGGAAGUUGGAAUUGUUGUGCUCUGAAGCGCGGCAGCGGAAGAAGAGAGAGAGAGAGAGAUAGAAAGCCAGAGAAUAUUUCUGUGCUGGUGGUUAUGUUUAGACUUGCGCUGAAUGACGUCCAAGCUGUAGGUGUCACACACCAGGUGCUUAAUUUAAGUUUGCAUCUCACCCCCAUCUCACACCUCUUCUUCUCUUCUGCCACCUCACUCUCUUCUUCACGUGUUUCUCUCUCUCUCUUCAUCUUCUCACCUCUGCACUGGUCUCACUGCAUACCUAUACUCCUCUCCCUUCCUCUGUGAUACUCUCACUCUCUCUCUCUCUCUCUCUCUCUCUCUCUCCACUCUCUUCUGUACGUAAUUGGAUUCUAUUUCAGAAUCGCUAUAUGUGUCUGUCUCUUGUGUUUCUGUCUCACACCCCGUUUUGUCUCUCUCUCGCUUUCUCUCUCUUCUCUGUCACUCUCACUCUCUCAGUUACUCUCUCUCUCUCUCUCUCACUCCACCUCAUCUUGUCUUCUCGCUCAAGCACCAUGUCACUGCUUGUCACCCUUUUUCGCCAGUCCUCCCAGCCCACGAGUGCACUGGAAAUCAUCCUGUCUAACUCUGAAUCGCCUCAUCCGGAUUUUUCAUCGUCCGGUCCGUCUUUCUCUCGCUCCCAAAUUUGUUCUGCAAUCAGCCGUGCGCAAAAACAGCAGUCAAUAUUUAUUGUGCGGGUGCAGUUUGAGUUGUUCGCUUGUACGUUGUUCAGCUGUUCGGCAGCUUGGCGUGCAGCAGUCUGCGUGUUGGUUGGACGCCCGAGGCGGCCGCCGGCCAGCUUUCAGCUUUCUCACGCUCAGCUGACGCUUAAAGUUGCAGCUCCAGCGAGUUUGACACAGUUUUUGCGAGAAAAAAAAAAAAACGUGCAGCUCGUCCAGAGCCGAGCGCCAAAAUAAGGCUAAUGACAAAGAGGAAGAGUGAGAGUGAGUUAAUGAGAAAGGGAGGAGUGCAAGAAGGAGUGACGUUUAGAAAGAUGAUGAAAGCUGAAGAAAGGUGGUUGGCUGGUGCGGUAUUGCAAGGUGGGUUGAGGUGGUAUUUAAGACGUGGGACAGAUAAAAGAAAAGAGAAAACUCGGAAAAGAGAUCACAUAAAAAGAGGGAAGCGAGGGAUGCAUUGGGAUUAGGAAGGCGGAGACUAAAGGACGAGGAAAGAGAGAGAGGGAGCAGGAUGGGUGGCUCUCAGCAGGUUAAAAAGCCGUCACCGGGGAGAACCACCGGCAGCCGUUUGGCGCCGCACACGCCACGGCACACGAGGGCCGGCCAGACCCGGCACACGCCACGCUCCACCCAGCCGAGGACAGCGGCGGCAGCCCGGAAGCAAUCCAUACACACCCUGCAGGGUCACGCACAUGCUCACGCACACCGCUCGUCAUCCGCUCAGGGUGGUCCUGCUCGACCUGGAAACGGACACACCCACACACACGCCCAUGCACACGCCCACUCCCACUCCUACACACACCUGUCGGUCCACGCCGACCACGGUGGCUGCAGCCUCUUCUGCUACCUGUGUUACUGCGGCUACUGCCUGGGCCUAACUCUGCUCUCUUUUUGUCUGCUCCUCCUUCUCUCUCCUCCUUCACCUCGCUCACACUCCUCCCCCUCUACUUCUUCUUCUACUUAUCCUCCUCCUCUUCCUCCUUCUGCUGCUUCCCCGCCCCCUCCAUCGCUCUCUGACCUUAACGAUUUCUUUUCCCUCUCUUUCUCGUCUCUCGACUUCCCGUUCUGCCCCCAUCCCUCUCUCAACCUCUCUGACUCCUUACUUUCUCAUCACUUUCCUUUCAACAUCUCUUCCCCUUUUCCUCCUUGCCCCUCUUCCUCUUCCUCUUCAUCAUCCCACCCCUCUCAACGAUCCUCCUCGUCAUCCGGUGAUUCUGAUGAAUCCUCCUCCUCUUCUUCUUCUUCCUUCCCCUCCUCCUCUCCUUCACCUCGCCCUUUUAUGCUGGUUCCUCCCUCUCUCCUCCUCCUGCCACGCCCCUCUCUGUGCUACUCUCCUCCACCCUCCUCUCGCUCUUUGCCCUCCCUCCUGCUUUGCCCACACAGUUUCGCUGACCUGGAGUCCAUCCCGCUGUCAGGGGCACUGCCCCGCCCUCGCACGCUGCUGCGCCAGCAGAGCCUCCAGCAGCCACUCGUCCACCCGCCGCCGCCCCCAGGCCUGGCCAGCCGGCCCCCUAUCUCUCAGAGCCUGGGACAGCUCCACCCACAGCCCGCCGCAGCAGGCGGGACAGGAGGUGGAGGGGCGGGACCGGGGGGAGGAGGGGGCGGAUCAGGAUCAGGCUCGCAGCGUGAAGGAACAGGGACGCGAGCCUCCAGAGGCGGGGAAGGGGGCGGAGCCUCGCGCUACAGGUCAGGAGGCGCAGGGGGCCGGGCCACACGGGGGAACCCGGGCAGCUGGGAUUUCAUGAUGAGCCAGAUCAAGAACCGUGGCCUGGAUGUCAAGUCUUUCCUGGAAGGGAAGAUGGUGGUUCUCUCUCUGGCGAUUGGAUUGGCUGAGCAGGAUGACUUUGCCAAUCUACCAGAUCUACAGGAGGUACCGCCCAGUCAAGAAACCCCUCCUGACAAGAGUAGGAAUAUGGGAAAUAAGCCAGCGAACAGUCCUAAGGGUCAUCCUCCAGAUGCUGACGGACAUUCCUCUGUCUCCGACCUUGCUAACUCACUCACUGGAGACAUGGUGAUGCUGUCUCCUGGCUCGGAUGAAGAUCACGAAGGUCCAAUCAGUGAGAAGUUGGGCAGGAUUCAGUUCAGCGUGGGCUACAGUUUCCAGGAUUCUACUCUUACUGUCAAAAUCAUGAAAGGUCAAGACCUGCCUGCUAAAGACUUCUCUGGGACCUCUGACCCCUUCGUAAAAAUAUACCUACUGCCUGACAAAAAGCACAAACUGGAAACCAAAGUAAAGAGGAAGAAUCUGAAUCCUCACUGGAACGAAACCUUCUUGUUUGAAGGAUUUCCGUAUGAGAAGGUGCGAGAGCGUACGCUGUACCUGCAGGUGUUGGAUUAUGACCGUUUCAGCAGGAAUGACCCCAUAGGAGAAGUGUCCAUCCCUCUAAACAAGGUGGAGCUCGGCCACAACCAGACCUUCUGGAAGGAGCUGAAACCCUGCAGUGAUGGCAGUGGGAGUCGAGGCGACCUGCUCUUGUCUCUGUGCUACAAUCCUACUGCCAACACCAUCACAGUCAAUAUCAUUAAAGGACGCAACCUCAAAGCUAUGGAUAUCGGAGGCACUUCAGAUCCCUACGUGAAGGUGUGGCUCAUGCACAAAGACAAGCGCGUGGAGAAGAAGAAGACGGUGACCAUUAAGCGCUGUCUGAACCCGGUCUUUAACGAGUCCUUCCCCUUCGACGUCCCCGCACACGUGCUCCGAGAGACCACCAUCAUUAUCACCGUAAUGGACAAGGACCGGCUGAGCCGUAACGAUGUCAUUGGCAAGAUCUAUCUGUCGUGGAAGAGCGGCCCAGCGGAGGUGAAGCACUGGAAGGACAUGUUGAGCAGGCCACGCACCAACGUGGCACAGUGGCACGCCCUCAAAGCCUGAUCACCCACACUUUGCCCCAUCCCUCUAGCCCCAACACCCCCACCCCUCGUAACCCGGUACCUUGAGCCCCGAGCCCCAGCCCCAUCCUUAUGCACAAGACUGACUCGCUGCCAGACUGCAAAACACGGGUACUUUUAGCCAUCCACUCUCUCUCUCUCUCUCGUAACCUUUACCUUUCCAACCUUGCGCUUCUUCUAUAUCUUUAUAUCACUCCUUUCCUUCUCUUCUCUUUCUCUCUCUUCUCUUUUCUCUCUCUAACUCUCUAACUCUCUUUCUCUUUUCCAUCUAGAGCUUUUUAAUCACUGCUAUGGUUUUGGUAACAUGUUUUGUUAAGGUCUGCAUAUGAAGUGAUCUUAAGACCUUUGGUUACGUUGCCAGUGUAGCUCGCCUUUUGUAAUCUCAAGCAAAUAAAGAAUCCCUGACUCGUCAGCUCACGAAACCACUACGAUUAAACGAUUAAAGCCAUUUUAAAAAAGCUGUAUGCAACCUUUAAUGUAAUGUGUUACCAAAGUUUUUAUUUUUUUAAUUGUGCCCCUCCAUCUAGCCCGGCUCUGUGUUUACCUGUGCGUUAAUUACAGACUCCUCUGUCUGCUCCUCCCUGGUUCGCAUUCAUCUCUCUCUUGUUUUCACUUCUCUUAUCUCGUCACUCUCUCUCUCAUACCCCCCCCCCCCUCCUUCUGUUUUUGUGGGUCAGUCUUCACUCUCUCAUUAACUCCAGACGAAAGCCUGUGGAGGCUCAUGGGAGCUCAUUUAUCAUCCAUCUUGUGGACUUUUUUCAGAAUUAUACGCAACGGGAAUCCUGGGAAUUGUAUUUCUUCCAGACCACACAGAUCCCUUGUGGAGCGAAGGCCUGCAGGUCACAUUCAUUAAAUCCGUAAAGGGUGAACGGCAGACCUUCACAUCUAGUUUUUCUUUUUUGUCAUUAGUUUUCACACUUUAAUAUUCGUAAUAAUCCUUCUUUCUGCACUUUUAUCAUUGAUUACAUCUCAUUUCCUCAUCUUCAUUUCCUUUUUCUUCCUCCAUUUGUUCUUACGUGGUUCUGUUAUCUUGUCUUUGGUAUCUGCCUUCCUUCCCUUAUCUUUCUGUGGGUCCUCUUUCUUUCUUUAAUCUCCUAUUCUCUCUUUCUCUAAAAGAUGACUUUCUUCUUCCUCCGUGUGACUUGCCCUCCUCUCUCUCUCUCUCUCUGUCCUUUCUCUUGAUCUUAUUUCUCUGUGCUCUCUCUCUAUCUUUGGCACAAUAGUAGUAAAUUUCCCUCCUUUUCCUGGGACACUUUGUCGUCUGUGUGCUGUGGGUGACGUGAUGUAGCUCCAACAGAAAUAUUAUUUAUCCUACUGAACUCUGAACCCGGUCGAGACGAAGGGGGAAAAAAAACACAAUUCCGAGACUGUCUGUUCCUCCGGGACGUUUGGAAAAGGAGACGGAAUUCAAAAGGAAAAAGAAAAAAAUAUAUAAAAAAAAAAAGCUUGAUGUCAUUUUUUUUUCAGAAGAAAAAAGAAGAAACCAAUCAAAAUGUUCUUCCAAACUUGCCGUGAAAAAUAGAAGCAAAAAGCGAGUUUGUUGAGCCGCGCCGUGCCGUGCGCCCUGUCGGGGCUUCUGUAGUGUACGCUGCUCCGUGCUCGUGCUUUUCCUUUCUCUUCCCUCUCUUUUCUUUCACACACUGAUGGGGACACAUCUCUGCAGGAAUUCAUGAGAUAAACAGUUCCCCCUAAAACUGCCUUUACCUGAGCGAUUGUGUGUGUAUGUGUGUGUAUGUGUGUGUGUGUGUGUGUGUGUGUGUGUGAAAGAUGUGAAACAGCUGUUAAAGUGCACGAUUAGCCUCUUUUCCUCCUCUUUCUUUUCUUUUUCUCUCUCUUUCUGUCUUGGAAAAGAGACUGGAGAAUUGUGGAUAAUCUACACUUAUGUAAUUGUGAUUGAUCAGUAUGGUAAUAAUAAUAAUAAUAAUAAUAAUAAUAAUUGUUAUGACAAUAAUAUGUUUUGUAUUUUAAGGGAGGGGUCACUCGACAAGGGUGCAGCAGUACACGGAGGCUGGGCUGGACCAGACAGCACUGAUGACUGUCUCUCACUUUGUAUGUCUCUGUCUAUCUGUCUCUCUCUUUUUCUCUCUCUCUCUCUCCUUUUUUUUUUUAUUUUUAUUCUGAACCUAAGCGCAGCUCCAUAACACUGGCUCCUUGUGCAGUAAUGAUAUGCUGUUGGUAUAAAGAGGAUUAGAUGGUGGUAGAUCUUAUCUUACACUUUGGUAGGAGGAUAUUGGCUCGUGAUGCUCUGUUUGGGUCGGGUCAGCUUAAAGAUGUUGGUGGUUAAAGGUCGUUGCACACUGGACGCGCCUCACAGUGCACAACUGUGCUCAAAUUUACAUUAUUACAAAAAUGAUAAUUAUUAAAACUAUACUGUAGCGUCACUCAGAGCAAGGCUACUCUGCACAUAGUCUUGUUGAGUAAACCUAAAUUACUGAUAAUUAACAGCUCCAAACCAACACCAAGAGGUGAAUAUUGCUCCAUAUUUUGGAACCACCAAAAAGUAAAUCCCAUUAGCUAAGCAAAUAAACACACAUAACCAACAUGAAGGUCCCCAAACAACAAAAAGGGGAGGAGGGAAGCUCCUCUAAAGUUUUAAAAGAAAUGUUUUACUUGGAGUAGACUAGGGCCUGCACGAUAUUAGAAAAAUUUUACAUUGCAAAUGUCCUUUUUAGACGAUAUAUAUUGCGAUAUUAGACAAUGCAGGGCCCAUGACGUCACCAGCCCCGCUCCACCCACGCUAUGUCACGCGACUGGACUGAUCAAGGGCUGAAUCAGCACUAAGCACUCAAAACCUGAGGAAAACAGCAAAACCACUAAUUGUAAUAAUCAGGCAUUUAAAUUUAAAUCAGGCUUUUUAAAAGGUAAAUAAGAGCGUUUUUUUCUGGGAUUAAAAGUGUGAAUUCAGCUGUGACUACUGUAGAAAUAUCUGUGCAAAACUGUGCUGGACUGAGGUGCACAGCUUUCAAUACGUGCGUUUACAAACCAUGUGGAUGGAGGCUAUUCGGUUACCUCCUGUUUAUUUCUACCCCCUCGUGCUCAUUGCGCUUCUCAGGCAGCAGCAGCCUGUCACUCACACAUCGCACGUCCAACCCAAGAGUAGACUUACUUAUUCCAGCUUACCUCUUGUUUGGAAUAAAGUCCAUUAUGGAUGAUGGGUGAGGAGAAGCUGAGAAACUGAUCAACGAAAUAGAUAAUAAAUAUUGUAGACUUUCUGUUAUGGCACCCUCACCACACCACGUCACUUUGAGGCGUGGCAAAAUGUGGCUAGGUUGUGGAACUAUGUGAUGCUGCACAACCCAACCCAACAUCGCAUGGCGUAUAGGCUUCCUGUGCGCAACAGCCUAGAAACAGAAAAGAAAACAGUGCAGAUAGAAAACAGCGAUAUUGUACUGAUCAUUCUAUAUAAAGAGAAUUAGCACCUCUGCCUGUGCUACGUGGGGGUGGCUGAAUCUCAAUUAUGCAAGCAGGCUGCUCCCAGUCUCCCAGGCCACACCGGUGCUGAGGUGUGUACACGAGCGUGGGUUGGUGCUUUAUGAUGCUGCUGUAGGAAGGGCCGUUGCUAUGGGGUCGCCAGAGGCGCAGCUGGGGUGAGAGAGAGCGCGAGAGCAGUGGAAACAGACGUCUCUCUCCGGCCUAUCUGAACCCGGCCUGGAGAUAAACUUGCUUUUCACAGGGUGUGUGUAAAGUGUGUGGACCUUUUCCCCCUCCUUAGAAACUGCCAGUGUUUAAUUGAAGCUGCGAGUCAAGUGCAAUAAUGAAAUCCCUCUUUGACUUACCAGCCCUUUGUCCACAGCGGAGGCCUUUUAGAUAAACUAUUCACUCAUGCAUUCUAUUCAUCCUGCAAAGGCUGUGUCUUUGCUUUUUUGUACGCCGGUGUGUGUGAGUGUGUGUGAGUGUACGUGUGUGUGAGUGUAUGUGUGUGUGUGCGCAAUUAGAAUACUAAACUAAAUUUGCCUGGCCUGAACUGGGGCUGCAGCACAGAGGCUGUCUGGCUGUGAUAUUUAUUGUGUCGGCUGUGCCGUGGCGGUCUCAGGGUGAAGUAAGUAAGUAAGGAAAUGAUAGAGGAGUUGUGUAUGACCUACAUGACAGGUUGAAGAAGUGCUGGGCCAAAAGGGAAAUGAUAAUUACAUCUAGACAGGACUGAAUGCAAUUUAUGUGUGACCCAGAGACAAAGUCAGCCAGGUAUUCCAUAGCCAUAUGUACGCCGAUAUCAGGAAAAGAACAAAAACAAGGUUGCUUAUCUGGGUUGUAAACUGCAGAAGGAUUUGACUGGCUAGUUUUUCAGGCACAGAAGACACUGGCCGGAUCACUGACCCAGGAUCUGAAAAGGUGAAGCACAGGCAAAGCAGUCAUCCAGCAAGUCCCUGAACUGUCUCAUGAACCACAUCGUUCAUCAUCAUUUAUCAGUAAAAAAACCCAACAGAUGAGUCAACAGAUUUUCUCUGUGUCGUCAGGAAGCACCUAGCCAUAAACACAAAGAAGAAACGCCUUCUUCCUUUCAGAAGCGCCGCAGACCAAAGCCAGUCCUUACGCUGAGGCAAGAGACGAGAACAGACUGCCGAAUAAAAUCAACUUUAUUCUGACUCCAGGGAGCUUUAAGAGACAGCUGAAAACUGGCAACAGAACAGCGAUCAAUAAGAAUGAAGUGCUUCUUUUGAUCGGGGUAGGACUUUACUAUAUGCUGAGUUACUUGAGCCAUAAAGCACUUGAGUAAGCUCAGCCCACAUGCCUGCUUAGUGUUCGCUUAGAGGACCACAGUACAACAGUUCACACGUGUUUAAGUGUUAAUCGUUAACCGAGGUCAAGAGCUGCGUGACCCUGCAGCCUUUAAGCAUAUGUAACGUAAGUGACAUAAUGAAGUAAUUACGUUAUACUGUAUAUUUACAGCUUUACGAUUAGAUAGAACAUAUGGUACAUAUAUAUGUAAAUGAUGGCUAUAUACACUGACAUGCCAAAAGUCAUGGGAGAGCAUAGAUUGAUUGUGAUGUAAAUUGAAGAUCAAGAAGUAAUACCUUCACACACUUAUAUAAGCCAUUAAAAGUGUUGAAGAUUGGCUCAUGCACAAUAAGACCUGGAUUAGCAAAGAUCUAUAAGAGCAAGGCCUUAUAGAGUAAUAGGAAGUCAGGUGGAUGGGAUAUUUCCUUUUCGAAGAUAUGCCUGCAUAUACAGAAUGUAUAUGAGGAAUAGAAGU